CCCAGAGCCCGGAAGCAGCGAUGAGUCAAAGCGCGGCGGCUGCGGGCUGGGGGUGGAUGGGAGCCAGAGGCAGCGGGCAACACAGAUAGGAGACCCUCUCGGGCAACCGGGCUUGUGAGGCGGGCCGGCCACAGGGUUAAGCUGGCUUGAGUUGACAGAGGGUCGAGUUUGGGGUUGUCUUGCCGCGGGGUUUGGGUUGGGGAGUUAGAGUUGGUUGACACAUGGGUUUAGGUUGCGUUGACAAAGGGGUUUGCGUGAGUUGGGUUGAGUUGACAAGAGAGUUUGGGUGAGUUGAUUAAGGAGUUUGGAUGAGUUGACUAAGGAGGAUUGGGUGAGUUGAUUAAGGGGGUUUGGGUGAAUUGACUAAGGGGGGGUUUGGGUGAGUUGACUAGGGGGAUUGGGUGAGUUGAGUUCACCAGCUUGGCUUUGAUUGAGUUGGGUUGAGGGCGUGCAUCACUGAAUGGGCACCCUAUCGGGGUGAGCCCGUUGUACCCGGAGGAAGAUCCAAGCGACGAGGAGGCGAGGAUCCAGCACCCGGAGAAGACACCAGCCGGACCAAGAGGCAGCAGAUUGCCAUGGCGACGCUUGGAGGCAGUGCAGCAUCCCUUCCGAUGAGUAAUCACACAAGGGAGAGGGUAACGGUUGCUAAAUUAACACUGGAAAAUUUCUACAGUAACCUGAUCACACAGCACGAAGAUAGAGAGAUGAGGCAAGUCCAACUGGAAAAAGCUAUGGCGCAGGAAGGACUGGCUGAUGAGGACAAACAAACGCGGAGGAGCCAGCACGCCCAGAAGGAGACUGAGUUCCUACGCCUCAAGAGGACCAGGUUGGGUCUGGAUGACUUUGAGUCGCUGAAAGUGAUUGGAAGAGGUGCCUUUGGAGAGGUACGUCUUGUGCAGAAGAAGGACACGGGGCACAUCUACGCCAUGAAGAUCCUUCGUAAGGCAGACAUGUUGGAAAAGGAGCAGGUGGCUCACAUCCGGGCGGAGAGAGAUAUCCUGGUGGAGGCAGACGGUGCCUGGGUGGUCAAGAUGUUCUACAGCUUUCAGGACAAGAGGAACCUGUACCUGAUCAUGGAGUUCCUGCCAGGAGGGGACAUGAUGACGUUACUGAUGAAGAAGGACACGCUGGCGAAUGAGGAGGCACGGUUUUACAUCGCAGAGACAGUGCUGGCCAUCGACUGCAUCCACCAGAUGGGCUUCAUCCACAGGGACAUCAAACCCGACAACCUCCUCCUAGACAGCAAGGGACAUGUGAAGCUCUCGGACUUUGGUCUGUGUACGGGACUGAAGAAAGCCCACAGGACCGAGUUCUAUCGCAACCUCACCCGCAGCCCCCCCAGUAACUUCACUUUUCAGGACAUGAACUCAAAACGAAAAGCAGAAACUUGGAAGAAGAACCGGCGGCAACUGGCAUAUUCCACAGUUGGGACCCCUGAUUACAUUGCUCCAGAGGUGUUCAUGCAGAACGGAUAUAACAAGCUCUGCGAUUGGUGGUCCUUGGGGGUCAUCAUGUACGAAAUGCUGAUAGGCUACCCUCCCUUCUGUUCGGAGAGUCCUCAGGAAACCUACCGCAAAGUGAUGAACUGGAAGGAGACCCUGACCUUCCCGCCAGAAGUUCCCGUCUCCGAGAAAGCGAGGGGUCUGAUUCUCAGAUUUUGUUGCGGGGCUGGUGAGAGGAUUGGUGCCGGUGGCGUGGAGGAGAUUAAAAACCACGCGUUCUUCGAAGGAAUAGACUGGGAGCACACCAGGGAGCGCCCAGCAGCGAUUCCAAUCGAAAUAAGAAGUAUCGACGACACUUCCAAUUUUGAUGAGUUUCCCGAUUCUGACAUCCUGCAGCCAGUGCCGAAUGAGGCGGAGUGCGAUUACAAGUCGAAGGAUUGGGUCUUCAUCAACUAUACAUACAAGAGGUUCGAGGGUCUGACGGCUCGGGGAACCAUCCCGUCUUACAUGAAGUCGGAGAAGCUUUGAGGUGGAUUUCCCAGGCACCUGCUGCAGUUCCUCCUGAGGAGUUGACCCUUCACAUCCAGAAUGUCCAAGUCAAUGAAAAUUCCCCUGGAUUAGAAGCUCCUGCCCCUUCAGAAUAAUUUCACCUGGUCUGGCCCAGCCGAUGCCACAAUCUCCUCCUGCGUUCCCCACUGCUGUAACGGUGCUUGGGAUAAGAGCAGCAGAAACCGGACAUGCAAGGUUAUUAAAAGCCCUACGUAUGUCUGUCUGAGCUGGGGGCCCACUGGCGAAGCGAUCUAGUUAUGCCACGCACUAACUGAACGAGGCAGCAUUGUUGACUGCAGAGAGACAACUCCGAAACGAGCGGUGGAAGGACAAGAGGUAGAGGCCGGGAACCCAUUGAAGGACCGGAGGAGAUUGGGCCUCAGGUAGGCUGAGUUCGGGUCACAAUCUUCCCCUGGGACUCGAACCCCACUCCACAGACUCGAGGCCAAUGCAGUACUAUAACGAGGGAGUGCCGCACUGUCGGAGCCUGCAGGUGGAACAUUAAACCAAAUUUCUAAUGUCUCGGUGGAUGUACAAAGUCCUGUGGGAUUACACGAAGACGAGUAACGCGGGCCACCUUAGGCCGCUCUCCAUGGUGCACUGGGGAUGAGCAAAGUCACUGAUAAACACUGAUCGUUAACAACUUCAGCAAUCGAUGGGACAUGUUGGUCGGUGUGGGCAAGUUGGGCCGAAGGGCCUGUUUCCACACCAUAUGACUCUGACUAACCUGCUGCUUGCAGUGUGUUUAUUGCCACGUGAAUGUCUCCCUAAAACUUACAAUGUUAGCUGUACUUUACUAUAGUCAAGAGGGUUUAAUUGUCAUAUGUACUCACAAUGGAAUUCGUACUUGCUGCAGCUUUACGGGCACAUUAACCUAAUAAUACAUAAAUAAAUCUACAAUAAUCAAAAAUAUAAUCACCAUAGUACUAGGUAACUAUAAUAGCGCCAAACCGAAGUCCAUAGUGCAACCAAAGACACAAUUUGUAGAAGAUCACUGCUGAGGUUUUCAAGAACUUGAUGGUUGCUGGUAAGAAGCUGUUCUCGAACCUGGAGGUCCCAGCUUUCAGGUUCCUGUACUUUCUCCCUCAUGGUAGCAGCAAGAUGAGAACGUGGCCAGGGUGGUGGGUCUUUCCAAUGUGUGAGUUUGAUCCUUUCCAAAGCCGUAAGUUGGUGCUAUAGAAAUAAGCCUUAUGUAUACACUGGGCCCAUCCCUAACAUUGACAAGCAUGAGUUGUAUUAGUAUUCGAGCUAUCUACUGCUGUGCAUCAGAUGGAGUUAUGUUUUUUUGAUUAAUUGAAAGAUACCGGUCCUUCGGUCCAACAAGCCCAUGACGACCAUUCAUCACCUGUUCACACUAGUUCUGAUGGAACCCGGGUCCCUGGCGUUGUGAGGCAGCAGCUCUGCCAGAUGCGCGACUGAACCCCACUGUUUAGGAUAACACAGUGGCACAGCGUGUAGAGCUGCCACACAACGCCAGAUACCCAGGUUCAAUCCUGUCCUCGGGUGCUGUCUGUACAAAGUUUGUUCGUUCUCCCUGUGACUGCUUGUGUUUU